AUGUUUUCCUUAAACUAUUCAAGCUUUUUCACAAUCUUUGGAUUUUGCCUUGUUUUCUUGGUUAACACAUUUUUCAUCGUCAUAACAGUAUUUCGUAUCAAAAAACUUCAAGGAACAUAUAAGCAAAUAGUUAUAACAUUUGCAUGCUUGGGAAUUUCUUUCGCUGGAUUAGAAAUAAUCGCCAGACCGUUCGCUCAUAAUUAUAAGAAUCAGUUUUUAUACUUCAGCCUGAAUGAAUGGAUGGAAUCCAAAAUAGUUCUCCGCUUUCUAUUAGCCUCGUGGGCUGGAUUCUACGUAGUGAUAGUUUGGUUUGUGGCCAUUCAAUUUGUGUAUCGGUAUUUGUGCAUUUUUGAUGGAGUAACACUGAAAAAGUUUGAUGGGAAAUAUAAAAUUGUGUUGAUUAGUUUCCCGUUCCUCCCAGGAUGCUUAUAUGUCUUCUUGCUUCAUUUUUUGUGUGCUUAUGAUAAGUAUGCUGAUGAUUAUAUGAAGGAUAUAGUACUCCAAUCUUAUCAAUUACCAAUCACACAAGUUCAAAGAUUCAAUAUUCUGCCAUAUCAAGAAGAUGGCUCACUACGUUGGGAAAAUCUCGGUUUGCUUCUAUACGGACUAGUCAUCACCCUUUCCGGUUAUUUAGUUAUCCUGUAUUGUGGCAUCAAGAUGCGGUUGAAUAGGAAAAAAGAGCUCUCUAAACGCUCAGCAGCUCAUCAAGAGCUGGAAGCUCAGUUCUUCAAAGCUCUCAUUGCACAGAGCCUCGGCCCAACUAUAUUUUUAGUUUUACCAGUUGCGCCAAUAUUGGCAAGUCCCCUGAUUCCACCAUUUUUUGGAUUUAAUGUCAAUUGGCAAACUGGAUGGUUUUUCUGUAUUCUUGGAUUUUAUUCACCAUUUGAUAGUAUUGCGUUUAUGUUUAUUUUGAAGGAAUAUAGAACUUUAAUCAAAAAACAAUAUUCCAAAAUGGUCAAGUGCGGAAAUCAUCCUGGAAAUAUUAUAAAUGUUCACCCAUGGAAUAAUACAAAUACAGCUACAUAA